GAGAGAAUGCAGCUUUAAGGCUUCCCCCCCUUUAGAACCGGAGCUUGUCUCCCGGAUAAAAGGCUUCCAGGACGAGGGAGGACUCAGUGGAGAAGCAUUAGGAGAUCUGAGGCUGAUAAAAGCCUCCAGAUGUCAGUGGAUCAGAGAGAUCGAUCGGUCUUCGGUCGGUCAACUGAGCGAUGGUGUCUGAAGUUUCAAUCCCCUGAAUCAAUGAGUAUUCUUAGUAACGUCUGCUUCGACGUUUGUGUCUCCGCAUGUAGCAGCUCCACAGGAGCACGUCUCAGUUCUCGGAGGCCUACGAGAUCAAAGAGGACAUCGGCGUCGGCUCGUACUCCAUCUGUAAGCGCGGCAUACACAAAGGGACCGGCAUGGAGUACGCGGUCAAGAUCAUCAACAAGUCCAAGAAAGACCCGACGGAGGAGGUGGAGAUCCUGCUGAGAUACGGACAACAUCCCAACAUCAUCACCCUGAAGGACGUGUACGACGACGGCCGCUCGGUGUUCCUGGUGACGGAGCUGAUGAAAGGAGGCGAGCUGCUCGACAAAAUCCUGCGACAGAAGUUCUUCUCGGAGCGAGAAGCCAGCGCCGUCCUCUACACCAUCACCAAGACGGUGGAGUACCUGCACGUACAGGGGGUGGUGCACAGAGACCUGAAGCCCAGUAACAUCCUCUACGUGGACGAAAGCGGGAACGCCGAGUCCAUCCGGAUCUGCGACUUUGGUUUCGCCAAACAGCUGAGAGCGGAGAACGGUCUGCUCAUGACGCCGUGUUACACCGCCAACUUUGUGGCGCCCGAGGUGCUGAAGAAGCAGGGCUACGACGCCGCCUGUGACAUCUGGAGUCUGGGAGUCUUGCUCUACACGAUGCUGACGGGGUUCACUCCCUUCGCUAACGGACCGGAGGACACGCCGGAGGAGAUCUUGGCUCGUAUCGGCAGCGGGAAGUUCUCUCUAACUGGAGGAUACUGGAACUCUGUCUCUGCAGAGGCCAAGGACCUGGUGUCCAAGAUGCUCCACGUGGACCCCCACCGGAGGCUGACGGCGGGUCAGGUCCUCCGACACCCGUGGGUGACGCACCGAGACCAGCUGCCCAAAUACACCCUCAACAGACAGGACGCCCCACACCUGGUCAAGGGAGCGAUGGCCGCCACCUACUCGGCCCUCAGCAGGAACGUCCCUCCGGUCCUGGAGCCGGUGGGCUGCUCCACUCUGGCCCAGCGGAGGGGUCUGAAGAAGAUCACCUCCACCGCUCUGUGACCUCCUCCUCCUCCUCCUCCUCCUCCUCCUCCUCCUCUCUCUGGGACAGACUACUGAUGGAACCGCUAACGCCAAAUAGGAACGCAGAGAUUGCCCCCCUUGCCCGCUGCCCCCCCGCACCUCAACGGACGCUUCUGAUUGGCCGGUUAUUUCUCCCAGCAUCACUGAUCCACAGCCUGCGCUGUACUCUUAAACCUGUUCCUGUCUUCGCUUCGGACAAUCAGCGCCGGCCUCGUAGACCUCAUAGACCGAGCGGCCGUCAGGAGAAUAAAAGUACUGUAUUUAUUCACUUCAGAACAUAGGAACACGGUAAUCUACUGUAUGCAUUUAAAGAGCUAGGACCCUUCUUAUUAUACUGUACACCCUGUAUUUAAACCUCAAGUAGCCUCUGAGAUCACGGUUCUACGGAGAAGCCCUCAAAAUGUUGCUCUGCAGAGACGUCAGGCUGAUAACAAGCUUUUAGUCUCAUUGUUAUGUUUUUGGGAUAAAAGAAAAAGUCUCAGGAGCUUCGUUUUGUUUUGAAAAUUCAUUUUGUGCAGACUUCCUGUAAUCCAGGUGUAACUAUUCAGGUGCAAAAAACACAAAGAACAAAAAUCUGAAUGUUUCGUCUCUUAAGUCUUAGAAGUCUGUCACAGAGAUGAAUAAACGGAGCAAAGACUGAAACUCUUAUUGGGAUUUAAUGAGAAGAAGACGUUUCUUUCAGCAACCUUCGGCUGCACCGCUUCUUCCUCGUGGUCUUUGGAUACUUUUACCUGAAGUGAAACUAAUUCACUUAUUCGUUUCUCGCCCGUUGACUCGUCGAAACGUUUCAGGAACCUGAGCUCAAAUAUGAACAAAAGCUCAACCGAUUCUGAUUUAUUCUGUUUUUUCUUUUACUUUUAAAGCUGCACACGGCGUAGAAAUCUUUGUUCCGCUUAUUUUACUUUCUAAUCUGACGCUCGCAGUACUGUACGCGUACUGAAGUACAUUUAUGCAAGAAAAAACAUAGAGGUGGACAAAGUACUCUUUUACUACAAAGUAAAAGUAGCAGUAAAAUGAAUGAGUACACUAAAUAAUAAUAAGUACUCAUUAUGCAGAAUGUACCUGAUUAUAAAUGCAUAUUAUUUAAGUAUAUAAUAAUACAUCAUAAUUCACUUUUUAUAUUUUCUAUGAAUUGUCUGAAGCAUCUAAAGCUUUCUGAUAAAUGCAGUAAAAUGUGGUAUAAAGAAGUAGAACUACUCGAGUAAAGUACGAGUACGUCAAAGUGUACUUGGCUCCGUUCCACCUCUGAGGAUCUAAAGACGAUGAAACAAUAAGUAGUGUUUUAUGAGCCUUGUGCAGCUUUAAUACGCGUCAGUAAGUGUAAAUGAAACGUCUAUGAAAGCGGCUUUAACUCGAGGAGACGGAGACAUUUUGCACAACGAGCACACGAGGAAACGUCUCUUUAAGGGAUCCCGUCAUGUUCCCCGCUGAGCUUCUCUGCUUCCACAAACAAACCGUCUCUGAAUGCAGCUGAACUGUAAAUAUAUAUAUUCAUGUACGAGCAACUCAGGUUUCUAUGAAUCAAGACAAUGCAUUUUUAUAUAUAUAUAUAUAUAUAUAUAUAUAAAUGUAUAUGUGUGUGUGUGUGUGUGUGUGUGUGUGUGUGUGUGCGAGUGUGUGUGUAUCCAGGAGGAGAGAGGUGUACAUAGGAUAAAAGAUGAGCACACAGGUGUGAGGAAGGUGAGCAGCACACAGGUGUGAGGAAGGUGAGCAGCACACAGGUGUGAGGAAGGUGAGCAGCACACGAGGAGGCGUUCGUCAGACGUGCAGAAGAGUUACGCUUCAAACACGUCGAUCCGUUUCCUCUCUUUGUCACAAACGACUCGUUUCAUUUGGCGUUUUGGAGUCAAACUCUUCCUGAUCCUCUGUGAGCAAAACCCUUUAAACUCAAAGUGUAGCAGAGAAAACACACAUUUAACAAACACCACGGCUGUAGUCAGGCUUCAACACUGCUGUUGAGUGUUACUCAAGAAUUAAAGGGUCAGUUCACCAACAUGUGUCCUCUUAACAGGAAACUCCUCUGAUUCAUUCAUGCGAGUUUGGGUUAAAGUCGGCGGAGGCAUUCUGACCUUUAGAUACUACAUCCCCCAUAAUGCAACGGCGUCUUUCAUUCAACUAAUAAAACUCCUCCUUAAUUAUUAUUCUAAAUGUUCCCAACAACUGAAGCCAAUGAAAUACCUGCGUAGUGAAGCUUAGUUUUGGGUGAACUGGCCCUUUAAUUCCACAACGUCCGUGUUGUUUAAAUGAAGCUUUGUGUGUUUCGGCUCCUCUCUCCUGGUUCAUCCUGAGCUGAAGACAAUCAGAGAAACUAAAACCUGUGAUUAUUACCAACGUCCUCCUGUCGUCUGAACGUCCGUCAACCAAAAGGGAAACGAGUUUCACUGCUCUGAGAUUUUAUUUGUUUUUAUAUAAUAUGAAAUAUAUCUAUCAAUGUUCUCCUCGUCUGUCGAUGUACAGCUCUGGGAUAAAGGAAUGUAAAAGGAUUUUUGUUUUUCUGUAAUUAUGAACUGGGGAAUAGCUUUCUUCUUCUUCUUCUUCUUCUCUUCUCUGACCCUGUCAGCGUUCAGCCUGCUGCUACACCAGCUCUCUGUUUUUGUACCUGCAGUGAGAGUUGGACUUUCUAUUAAAAACAAUAAAACGAUAAUCAGCUGA